GAUUUGUGUGUGUAUAAAAAUAUAAAAGGCAGUAUAUUUUAUCAAACUACAUUCCAAAGAUGAGCUUUAAAUUUGUAAAUUAUGCAUCUGUUUGAUUACUAUAAAUUCAAAAAAAAUGUUCACGUGGUGAAAUAACUUUGCAGACAGAACAAUUAACAUUAAAAGAAAGAAAAAUGCUGCUUGUCAUGUGACUAGCUUUCCUGUUUGGGGUUUUAAGGGUUGAAAGUCUGGUUAUUAGGGUGUGGAUUAGUAGGAGAUUCAGUCAUCUUUGUGAUGUAGGUCAGACACCAGCAACAUGUGGUAAGAAAGGAAGCUCGCUCUUCCCAGUAGUAUGUGGAAAGUGUAACUGUAAGGACUUUAAAAUAGAGGACUGGACAAAAUGAUUAGAUUUGAUGUCCCAUGUACUGUGCAACAGAUUUGAAAUGUAUGAGUAAUGAAGGCUUCAUGUGGAAGAGCCUUUGAUGGCACAGUGUGGGGCCAACCUAAUGCUUUUUUAAGAAGCAGCCCAGUUCCUGAGUAGCCUUUUGUGAGAAGUCAUUUAUCCUAGUCAGAAAGUGGAACUAUAACUGGCAAUGUCCCUGAAUACACACAAGAGGAGUAUCACUCUGAGAUCCUAUUCAGAAGAUCCUGAAUUUAAUCAGAUGCUAAAAGAGGCUGUUUGCAGGAUGGAGGAGACAGUGAAAAAUCUACUACAGAAUCAAGGGCCUCCAGAGCAGAAUGGAGAAGGAACAGUUAAUAUCAUGAAGGUAUAUCAGGAAAAACUGUCAGAAGAGGACAGAAAAUGCAAAGAAAAAAGGGAAAAUAUUCAUAUGGCUGUAGAUGAUUAUUCAAAAAGUGAAAGUAGCGGUACUGAAGAGGAAAAAGAAAAGACAAAAUUGCUAUUAGAACGACUGAAAGCUCUGGAGGCAGAGAAUUCAGCAUUGGCUCUGGAAAAUGAAAAUCAAAGAGAACAGUAUGAAAGGUGCCUCGAUGAGGUAGCCAACCAGGUUGUUCAAGCUCUACUUACUCAAAAGGAUCUAAGGGAAGAAUGCAUAAAGCUGAAAACAAGAGUUUUUGAUUUGGAACAACAAAAUCGAAUGUUGAAUGUGCUUUUCCAACAAAGGGUCAAACCAGCUUCUGACCUCCUUCUCCAGAAACUGCAUUCACGCAUCUUAGAUCUCUCGUCUGGGGAUUUGCUUUCAGAUGUAGAAAGGAACAGAAGUUUGAUACAGUCACGAACUACUGGUGUUCAGAUUCAUGAAUGCCAGCAGAAUGUGAAAUCCAGCAUACCUGCCUUGAAAUGCCAGAGUCAGUUAAAUAUGACAGGGCCCAGUCGUCUAUAUCCCCGGAGCAGCUGCAGUAGCAGUGAACUCUCUCUAUCGAGUGCUUGCAGUGAAUAUUCCAGUGGCUCCUCCUACACUUGGAAUGAUGGAAAGAUGUGCAGUAAAAGGUCAUCUAUGAGCUGGGAUAAAAGAAUAAGCAUUGGUUCAUCACUCCCAAGCAACCUCUCUAGUCCUACAGACGAUCUACCUCCAACUCGUAUCAAAGAGAACCACAUUUUGGAAGGGCUGAAGAAGUUACAGAAACGGAAAAUAUUAUUUGAACCAUCUUCAUUAUUAUCAAAAUGGGGUUACAAAGAUUGCAUGGACUCCAAUGAAGGGAUAUAUUCCCCUGGAAUUAAAUGUGGCAGUCAUGAAGAACAAACUCGUUGUAAGCCAAUAGAAAUAGGGAGUGUUUGCAUCGAGCACAAUAAAACUUUCACUUAUGAUUCAGAUUCACAUGAUGAUGCAGAUGAUGAAUCUUCGUCUUUAGUGUUGCUGCAUGAAAUACCAAGCAAAGGCUGCAGGCUCUAUUGUAAUAAAUUAACCCACAGUAUUUCUGACAGUCUAGUUGGUUGGGAGCCUAAUGGGAAACAUUUACUUGAAAAAGGUUCUUAUUUUAAUUCAAAGGAAAGACCUGAAAAACUAACUAGUUUUGGCAAUGGUUUUCAGUUGGAGGUAAAAUCAUGUCCAAAUGUUAAACUGCCUGUACUACAGCUAGAUCAAAGUGCUGCUAAUCUAGGUUGGAAGGACCUUCAUUUACAGUUUUCAGAUACUGAUGACAAUGAAGUCAUGGACGAACUGCAUAUAGAAAGCAGUGAUGAAAAAAGUCCAUUGGAGUUAUCAACAACUCCCUUUAUUGACAAGCAUACCAAGAGCUCUGAUGUGCUUGCAAGGACAGAGACUUCUGAGUUUGUAUCUACUGAUGGAGAGGAAAAACAAGUGUUCACUAAGUCAGAUAUUGGGCCAAAGACAUGUAAUUUCAUUAAACAACAAAAGGUUAUAGAAAAGACUUCUGAAGAAUGCACUACUGUAAUAUUUGAUGCUAAGGAUGGUGAGCCUAUUGAAUUCAGCUCACAUCAAUCUGGAGUGGUCACGAUGACUAGAAAUGAAAUUUCAAUCAACCGACCACAAAGCGGACCCAAUGCAAAAUACACUGAACAUAUACCUCAGGGAAUCAAUAAUUUGCAGACAGGAACUGAUGCUAGAAACUACAGUGUUUUAGAAACACCUAAAGAUGAAAUAGAGAAAAAGACUCUUCAGAAUAACGCAGGGAAUGAAAAUACAGUUGUUCCCAUGACAUGCAGUGAAUCGUUACACGUUGGAAGAACAUUGUUGCAAAAUACUGUACAACAAAAGCUGGUGAAACCAGUGUACAAUGCAUCAUACAAGGCCAAUUCCACAUCUACUGUUCAUGCAGGUAUCAAUCAAAAACAAAGCUUGACUAAAAUUCCCAGCAGAAGUAAGUAUUCACCACAGAAAAUUAAGGUGAUGGACAGUGAGGAGUCUGCUGCAGCCUCAUCCUCUGACCCAACAAUCCUAGGAAAAUCCCCAGCUUUUGCACCUGUGAAACUGUCAAGAUUCAAAAAGGCACAAAGUCCAACACAUAAUCUGGAUUCAAAAAUAGACAUACAUAUUCCAAAGCACCCUGCCCAUCUUCCUGAAAAUUCUAAAGGAAGUGAUUGGACAAAGAAUGCAGAGAUUCCAGUUCCAGGAUCACCGUUAUUGCUGCGGCACCUUAUAGAACCCAGUGACUUUGGAGAACCGCCAACCAGAGACAUUCAUUGUGAUUUAACAACUGUAGAAAUCCAAUCCCCUUCACCACCCCCUCCACCAGGCCGAUCAACUUCACUGUUAAUAAAACCAAACUAUGAACAUUCUCCACCUUUAUCCACAAAGCCAGGAGCAACUAUUCCCAAUGAAACAGCAAAAAAUAGUCUUAAAUCAUCACCCUUAAAAGAUACUGCAAACCCUGUUCCUUUUCAGAAACUAUUUAAUCAUGAAAUGCAAACAAAAAAUACACCUCUCAUGGCCAAAACUGAAUUAGCUCAUCUUCCAGAGAAUGCAGAAAUGAGCACCCAAAACAUGUCUCAGCAGUCCUACAGCUCCCCUGGAGCCUCCCAAGGGCUUUCCAAAGUUUUCAUAAAGAAAGCUUGCCCUAAAACCUCUAAUCAAUCAGUAUUCUGUAGCAAUCAGGAACUUUCUAACACAGGAUUAUGGACUGCUAAGACUUUCUCGCUAGCUUGUGUGUCACUGAAAACUGUUUCCCCACAAAGCACAUAUUCAGGAAAAAAAGAACUAUCCAGUGACAAUGGAGUUCCUCAGCCUCAAAAGAUGCCAAAUAGUUUGCCCACAUCUCCACAAUGUCACACAGCAAGUACUUGCCAGCCUCUUCUAUCUCAGGUUAACCAUUCCUCAUUACAACUAUUGUUUCAAGACAGUGACAUGACAAAUGCUGUCCAAAACUCUCAUGAGAAAGGACUGAAAACCCGUCUCCCUGUAGAACUGCAACUACUUGUAAAAUCUCCCCAGCUCCUCAGGAAGAGUUCUACUGUACCAGGGAAACAAGAAAAAGACAGUAUAAAUGCAGCUUCCAAAAGCAGUGUCACUUCAUGUAAGUACGAGCAGGAUGAAUCCAUGAGUCUAAUCACAACAGAAACAAUGGAUACUAAAUUAAGCGUUGCUAUGGCCGAUUCUGAAAUAAAAGAUAAUUUUUCCAUGGGACUUGGUAUGAAUACAGCAUCAUCUCUCUCUCCUAAAAACUGCAACAUGAUGGUAGACAGAGAAGAUGGAUUAGAAAACAAAUUAGUUAAGAGAUCUGUUUCUUCUAGUAAUAAAACAUACUUAAAACCAGCUCUGGGAAUGAAUGGAGCAAAGGCCCGUAGUCAAAGUUUUAGUGUUCACACAGGGGAAAAGCCAGCCACCACUGUAAGUGAAGGGCUAGGAAAAGUACGGACUCAGAUCAUUACUAACACUUCUGAAAGAGGAAAUUCUUUAACAAGACAGAACUCUAACAUGGAGGGAUACCAAUUCAAAGCCAUUCCUGGAUUAGUGGCAUCAGAAACUCUUUCAAAUAUUUCAAAAGUCCCAGAAAAUGUCUAUUCUAGACAAGGUUCUGAUGUAAGUAUGACUAGUUCCAAUAGUCAGAAUGGUAGCCCAAGUAAACUACCAUUCAGAACAUCUCCAAAAGUGGACUUGCUUCACAGCGUUUCAAAAUGUGAGGGAAACAAAUCAUCGUCUCAGAAAGAUAGACCAAGUAUAUUUAUCCACAGUGGAAAAACCAGUGAGAAUUCUAAAAAGCAUACGCUGAACAAAAAAAGCAACAUACAAGUAGAAUUGGAGUUCAAGUCAUCACCUGCUAUUCCAAAAGAACCAAUUUCAUCAUUUCAAAAUUUGGAUAGAAUAAGUUAUCCUCAUAAACUUGAAGCAAGCAAGUCACAAAGACAAGAAAUCUGUGAGGUUACCCAUGCUUUGAGUUCAUCUGUUGCACAACCUACAAUAGAGGAAAAAGUCAUGUUGUGUAUCCAGGAAAAUGUGCAGAAGGGUCAAGGGCAAACGAAAUCUCCCACUUCUGAGAUGAAGCAAAAGACUGGGCCCUCUAUAGCUAGCUGGUUUGGUUUUCGUAAGAGUAAACUCCCAGCUCUGAAUGGUAGAAAAACUGAUGUUCCUAAAGCAAAGGUAGAAAAGAAAGAAGCAAAAAGUUCAGGUUUUGGAAGUAAGCAGGCAAAAUCAGAGAAAAAAAAAGAUAAAAAGAGAACUGACCAACACUGUGAAGCAGAGAAUGAAUUUAAUAAGAAAACAGAAACUGGUGACAUUUUGAAUGGUGAUUUGAAAGGCAAAAAGAACACAAAAUCUUCCCAAGACAUCCCUGGCCAGAUUAGAUGUUACCAAAAGAGUGGUUCCUCCAUCACAUAUUCAGCAAAAGACAGUUUUAUGAAAGAACUUUUAAACAGAGUUGAUAAGAAAGCAGCUCAGCAGACAGAAAGUGGAUCAAAUAAUGUUUCCUACAGGAGUGUGUCGAAGGGCAGCUCCCAGGGCUCUUCUCUUCCCAGCAACUCUAUCAUCACUCAAGGAAGCCACAAGAAAAACAGCCAAACAAAAGCUGAUAUGGAAAUUCAGCAUGAGACUCUGACUAAAGUGGUCACAGAAAGCCAGCAAGAAGGUGAAGAAGACACCAUCACAAGCACUCCAUGUCAGAGUCACGUAAUAGAGUCUUGCUGCCAGAUGAGAACAUUGGACAGUGGAAUAGGAACCUUCCCUCUCCCAGACUCAGGAAAUCGGUCAAGUGGGCGAUAUGUUUCUAAACAAGAAUCAGAAACUGAAGUCUUCAGGUCUCCUGAGCAAGUCCUUCCUUCAGCUCCUUCCAUAAAAGCCAAAACUCUUGAGCGAGAAGUGCCUUCACCUGCAAAGAGUCCGGAAUCUGUGGAAAGCACGAUUAGUCAUUCAACAUCUGAUCCUACCAUGACUGCCAAAGGUUUCCGACCUUUUCAAAGUCGCCUUCCAAAACCAGUCUCCUCAGGAAUAAUUAACCCUCCAAAGCAAAGUGGACACGAACAAAUUCUGGUGACUUCUGCUUCAUUAGAGCAUACUGAAAAAAAUGUGGAAAACAAGAAGAUUCUCCCAGAUUGGAGCAGCAAGAAAGCCACUAAAAAUGCAAAGGACAAGGCACUGCGAGUGUGCACUUAUUCUGCUAGCAGCAGUAGUGACACUGAGACGGAGCCAGAGUAUGAAACAAGUGACUUUGGAACUGCAAGGGAAAAGUUAGUAGACUUAACAAAGAACAAACAAGCUGAGCAAGAAGAAAAUACUGUGAGAAAGUCCUUUAUGGGGAGCCCUAUGUCAAUCUUGGAUUUAUAUCAGCACAGUCUCUAUGGCCAUUAUGGAGGGGAUGGACCUGAACAAUUAACACAUUACAGUUUUAUUGAGCAGCUGAGUGGAGCUUCCAGUAAAGAAGGCAAGAGCAAAGAGCUCCCUGGUAAAUUGAAACAAGCUGAAAAAACAAGGGAAGAUUCUGAGAAUAGAUUAUCUACAAUUUCCUUGGAGUCUCUCAAUACAUUUAACAGCAAUAAUGUCAUUUUAUUAGAAAAAGAGAAGAAUUGUCUGAACAAGGUUGAAGGACAAAGGGAAGAAAAUGGAAAGAAUGAAGAAGCUUCUUUAAAUAGCUCUGAUAAGCAUGGAGUAGACAAUUUAGAAUCCUUGAGUGAUUCUUUAUAUGAUAGCUUCUCAUCCUGUGCCAGUCAAGGCUCUAAUGAUGUAUAAAGACACUUUCUAGUGGGCUGUGAAUGGAGCACUUAUGGAACUGAGGGAAAAAAGGAACAACUGUUGAAAAACUUCAUCCUAAAUUGUUCAAUUCACAGCGGGGUAUUUCCUGACUUAUUUUCAUGACACAGCAAUAAGAAAAGACAAGACUGUGAUGCGUGAGACUGAAAAUUGAACAGAAAAGCUGUUAUACAAAAUGUCUUAAUUUUGCACUUUUAUGAGUAUUUGUACAGAAGUUGUAAAAAAUUUUUGAAAAAAAUAUAUUUGUAGAAGAAAGCAAUAAAUAUUAAAUGGUGCCAUGCUCCUGAAAUGACAGAAUACUAACUUUUAAAAGUUGAUGUUAAUAUUAACAAGCAAAGUUAGUGGAUAUUUUAAAGAAAGAUUUAUAAUUGUUCUAGUCUUAAAACUGUAUGUAGAAACACUGCUUUAACAUAAACCUGGGACUGCCAAAUUGUCUGUAAUAAACCUUCUUGGACCACAUUUUAAAAACGUACAUUUUGUAAUUUUUUUUAUUUUAGUGCAAUUUCAGAUAUGUUUCUCUAGGGAUAUGUGCAUUUUAGUUGGUGUAAUUCCUUAUGUAUCUGUUGAUACUUCAAGAGGGUUUUGAUGGUAUGAGAAUGGUUGGAAUCAAAUGCCCAGAUCCCACUAUACUUCUGCAUCUGAGCAGCCCCACUGAGUUCAUAAAGUUACUCAUGUGCAUAAGUGUUUGGAACAUCAGGGUCAAAGUGAUUUGUCAUUUGAUUUUGCCUGAGUAAAGGACUGCAGGAUCUUGCCUUUAUUGCCAACUGCAGUAUCUACUUUUAUAUCUUACAUACAUCUCCUCCCUCUGUAACCAUUUAAUAUAAAUUUCUAAAGGUGGUAUGUUGAUUUUUCCAGCUCAAACCAACUUGGUUUUAACUCCAUCUUGGAAUCCUGGAAAACUGAAACAAAAUUUGUAUUUGUGAUAUAAACUUUUUUUAAAAAGAAAAAAUGUUUUGGUGCUAACAUCUGUUAAUUCAACAUAUCUUUUUCUCCCUUAUAAAGACUUUAUAUGUAAGGGGAAGUAUAUUUCAGAGGUUAUGUGUAUUUUUUCUAGUUGUGAAGUAUUUAUAACUGCUUUUGUACAGCAAUUUAUCUGUUAAUUAGGUAUAUUUGGAAAAUUUCUAGACUCUACUGUUAUUUAGCAAAUAUCUGUUAAUCUUUAUGAUAUUGUAUGAUCAGUGUUAUUUUGUUAAUACUUUGUGCAAUUUGUUACAUUUAAUUUUAUAUUUUAAGUAAUGAUGUCAGAUUUAAACUUGCAUUGUCUUUUUGGAACUUAUUUCUAAAUAAAGUUCAUAUCACAUUUAUAGGAACAUGUAUAUUUUCCCAGGGACAAGCAGUCCAUAUUAGUUUAAUCAGAUGGGUUUGUGAAUUAAUUGUCCAAGAAAAUAUCAUUGCAAGUAAGUCCUAAUAAGCCAAGGGAAGCAAAUGAAAUAAAC